AUGGCUCUGAUAGCUACAUCUCACGGGGACAGUCACGACUUUGGGGUAAAUGAUACAGGAUCGUAUCCUUUCCAGCAGCAAACAUUCAGUACUUAUGCGUCACAUUUUGGCUCACCCUAUAGUCAUUCUGGCAUCACAUCCAGCACCCACCAUCUGUCACCACAUCAGUCACCGGGCCAUUCGGUCCCGCCAACUCCAGAUCAUGUACCUCUUCAGCAUCAUAUCCAGUAUAUGCCUCAGUCACGUUACCUCCAGUCACCAGGGUUUCUCCCACUUCGUGAUGCAUUCAGCGAAGCAGAUAUUGAAAGCCAGGAUUCGCAGAAUGAGAGUUCUAUGCUAUCAGAGCCAGUCAUCCCUCCACUGGACGGCUUUCCUAAUGUAAGGGAGUUUGAUCAGUUGAUGAAAAGUUAUGUCGACGACCUUUCCGUGAAAAAGCAGGAUAAGGCUUUGAUCCACGCCAAAAGGGCACGGAACAUCAAAAGUGUACUGAUGGACCCCAAAGACACGGCUGUGGAAUCAGCCCAAUUCCGCGUGAUUUUCAAGUGCAUGAAAAUGAUUUGCCAUGAGGGAAAACCAGUGGCUAUUCGAGAGAAACUUUUCAAAAUACUCACUAGAGCACAUCAACAAUGCCAACACGGAGGCAGAGACAAAACAUCAGCUCGAGUUAGACAAAUCUAUUCAUGGGUUCCAAAGGAGCUUAUUUCACGCUUUGUCAAGAUAUGUCCAACCUGCCAAGUGCGUCGAGGAGGUGCGCGCUUGACACCUCCUAGUUCAAGGAGAAGCUCACCUCACCUAGAGGUACUAUCCCGUUCACCAAAGCUACCAUCACCGCCUAUGUCAAGACGUGAUUCGACUUUGAACGGACAGCUUGUCCUGGAGAGACCGCAGUCGGACUACUUUACCCAACUUAGUAGCCAUGGCACUUGGCUAGACAGCCAACGAUCUCUACAGGAAAGGCAGGCCAUCAGUGCAGGCCAUGUACGAUCCUUCAAUGGGGGAACGAUGGGCCAUCUGCCAGGUACACUCCCAGGCACCCUAGAUUCGUUUCAUGGAGAUAUGCCAGUAUCGUCAUCCCAAGUUAGCUACAAUGCGGGCUAUCCUUCCACGCACGGGCCGUCCAGCCAUAGGGACUACUAGAGCGUGGUGAAUCGCAAUAGUAUCUGUUGUAUGAACAAGUGGGCUAAGCUAUGCAACUGAGUACUUCAU